AUGCCGAAUUCCCUCCCUGGUGGCCAGGCCCCCCACCCUACUCUGGACACAGUUGAUCUAGUGGACCGGAGUCUGAGAAAUGCAGGGACCGCUCAUCUUGCCCCAGUCUUGGAAGAAGAGGCCACAGAUCCCUGGGCCCUCCCUCAGCUGAAGGACACUAGCCAGUCCUGGAAAGAGCUCAGCAUGGCUGGCAGGCUGCGCCAGGUGGUCAUAAGCUUUCUCAAGGCCUGUGGACUCCUUGGCAAUCUCUACUUCUUCAUCUGCUCCCUGGACAUCCUCAGCUCUGCCUUCCAGCUGCUGGGCAGCAGAAUGGCUGGAGACAUCUUUAAGGACAAUGUGGUGCUGUCCAACCCUGUGGCUGGACUGGUCAUUGGCGUGCUGGUCACAGUCCUUGUCCAGAGCUCCAGCACUUCCUCCUCCAUCGUGGUCAGCAUGGUGGCCUCUAAGUUGCUGACUGUCCAGGCAUCUGUGCCUGUCAUUAUGGGCGUCAACGUGGGCACAUCCAUCACCAGCACCUUGGUCUCAAUGGCCCAAUCAGGGGAACGAAAUGAGUUUCGGAGGGCUUUCAGUGGUUCAGCUGUGCACAGCAUCUUCAACUGGCUAACAGUGCUGAUCUUGCUGCCACUGGAGAGCGCCACAAGCAUGCUGGAGAGGCUCAGUGAGCUGGCGCUGGGUGCCACCCGCCUGCAGCCUGGGGCUCAGGCACCUGACAUCCUGAAGGUGCUGACGCAGCCACUCACACACCUCAUCGUGCAGCUGGACACCGACGGGAUCAUAGGCAACACCACCAAAAGUAGCCUCAUUAAGCGAUGGUGCGGCACCAAGGAGCAGACGGGGAACAACAGCGAAUGUGGAGCCUUCGGCCUCUGCACCGAGAGGAACAGCUCGACCCCAGAGGACCGGCUACCCUGCCGCCACUUGUUUGCCGGCACGGCGCUGACCGAUCUGGCCGUGGGCUGCAUUCUGCUGGCCGGUUCUUUGCUGGUGCUCUGCACCUGCCUGGUUCUCAUCGUCAAGCUGCUCAACUCGGUGCUGCGCGGCCGGGUCGCCCAGGCGGUGCGGACGGUCAUCAACGCCGACUUCCCCUUCCCCUUCGGCUGGCUUAGCGGCUACCUGGCCAUCCUUGUGGGUGUCGGCCUGACCUUCGUGCUGCAGAGCAGUAGCGUCUUUACCGCAGCCAUAGUGCCCCUCAUCGGGGUCGGAGUGAUAAGCCUGGACCGGGCAUACCCUCUCUUCCUGGGCUCCAACAUCGGCACCACCACCACAGCCUUGCUGGCUGCCCUGGCCAGCCCAGCAGACAUGAUGCUCAGCGCUGUCCAGGUUGCCCUCAUCCACUUCUUCUUCAACCUGGCCGGCAUACUGCUGUGGUACCUGGUGCCCGCCUUGCGGCUGCCCAUCCCACUAGCCAAGCGCUUUGGGGACUUGACUGCCCGCUACCGCUGGGUAGCCAUUGCCUACCUGCUGCUCAGCUUCCUGCUGCUGCCCCUGGCAGCCUUCGGGCUCUCCCUGGCCGGGGGCGCAGUGCUGGCCUCAGUUGGGGGUUCUCUAGUGGGGCUAGUGCUCCUAGUUGUCCUGGUUAACAUACUGCAACACCGCCGGCCAACCUGGCUGCCCCACUGCCUGCGGUCCUGGGCCUGGCUGCCCCUCUGGCUCCACUCUCUGGAGCCCUGGGACCGCGUGGUGACCCGCUGCUGCCCCUGCAGAGCCUGCAGUCCCCCGAGGGUCAAUGACAAAGAGGGCCACUGCUAUGAGAACCCUGAGGUCUUGGCCUCCCAGCAGUUGUGA